UGUGUCUCCAAUAAUCGUGUUAUCUCGGUCUUGCGCACGAUUUGUACUUAAGCAUGCAACAAAAACAAUAAGCAUUUAAUGGAAAAGAGUGUCAAUAGCCAACAAAAAACUACAAAUCGACGACAGUUUAAAGAAAAACACAAAAUUUUGCGAGCAAAUUUCAGAAAUUAAUAGAAAAAGAAUAUUUGCAAGCGAAACGAAGCUUGGGCAGUUGGGUGCAUAAGGCCAGUCUGAAACGCAAAAGAAAUAUCUUAACCCAUCGUGAGAUAUUUGAAAAAAACAAAAACGCGACACACACUUGUCAAUUUGCAAAGCUGUCACUGUAGUCCGUAACAUUCGUACACACACAGCCGUGAGCAUGCCUGGAGUGGCAGUGCAGAUAAUAAACACAUCGGAGGAGCACACCUUCGUGCUGAACGAAGAUGCGUUAAGCGAAGUGCUGAUGCGUGACGAGGUGAAGGAUCGCUUCGUUUGUGUCGUAUCGGUGGCUGGCGCAUUUCGAAAAGGCAAAAGUUUUCUACUCGACUUUUUCCUGCGCUACUUAUACUCCAAAUAUGUGCGCCAUGAUGUGGUAACCGAUUGGCUAGGCGAUGAUCACGAACCGCUCACAGGCUUCUCGUGGCGCGGUGGUUCCGAACGUGACACCACAGGUAUUUUAAUGUGGUCCGAAAUAUUCCUGCACGACUACCCAAACGGUGAUAAGGUGGCCAUCAUUUUGCUCGACACACAAGGUGCAUUCGAUAGUCAAAGUACAGUGCGCGAUUGUGCUACCGUUUUUGCACUCAGCACAAUGGUCUCCUCCGUUCAGAUAUAUAAUUUGUCACAAAACAUACAGGAAGACGAUCUGCAGCAUUUGCAGUUGUUCACUGAAUAUGGCCGUUUAGCAUUGGCCGACACCGGCAAAAAGCCGUUUCAACGUCUACAGUUUCUGGUGCGCGAUUGGAGUUUUCCAUAUGAAGCUGAGUAUGGGGCUUUAGGUGGCGAUAAGAUACUAAAGCGCCGCCUAGAAGUGUCAGACAAACAGCACCCGGAAUUGCAGUCGUUGCGACGACACAUUGCCUCCUGUUUCAUGGAAGUGGCAUGUUUCUUAAUGCCACAUCCAGGCUUAAGCGUAGCAACUAAUCCCAAAUUUGAUGGUCGUCUCAAGGAUAUAACGCCUGAAUUCAAACAAAGUUUGCGCACAUUUGUGCCAAUGUUACUGUCACCAGACAAUCUGGUAUAUAAAGAAAUUAGCGGCCAACGGGUGCGUGCACGCGACCUCAUACAGUACUUCCAGUCAUACAUGAGCAUCUACAAGGGCAAUGAGUUGCCCGAGCCGAAGAGCAUGCUAGUGGCCACCGCUGAGGCUAAUCACUUGACAGCCGUAGCAUCAGCGAAGGAACUUUACAAUCAGUUGAUGGAGGAGGUUUGUGGCGGUACUAAGCCGUACUUAAGCACAGCACAUCUGGAUGCAGAACAUUUCCGAAUCAAGGAUCAGGCAUUAUUCCAAUUCGCAUCUAAACGAAAAAUGGGAGGUGAAGAGUUCUCCGAGAAAUUCCGUCAACAGUUGGAUGUGGAUCUGGAAGAUUCUUAUGCCACUUACAAAUCGCACAAUGAGAGCAAAAACAUUUUCAAGGCUGCACGCACGCCGGCCGUGUAUUUCGCCGCAGCAGUGAUCUGUUAUGUACUAAGUGGAAUAUUUGGUCUAGUAGGGCUCUACACAUUUGCCAAUUUCUGUAAUCUAGUAAUGGGUGUGGCUUUAUUAACAUUGGCGCUGUGGGCUUAUAUUAGGUACAGCGGUGAAAUGGGUGAUUUUGGUGUAAAAUUGGAUGACUUUGCGACGUUUAUGUGGGAUAAUUUCAUGAAACCCAUAUAUCAGGGCUGCAUGGAGAAGGGUAUACAACAUGUGGCAACGCAUGCUGCCGAAGCGGCAGUUGGUGGACGCACAGCAUCUACGGCAAUGAAUGGUAAGGUGAAGAAGUCAUGAGAAUACGCCAAAAGAUCUCACCAGCAACAGCAACAGCAGCA